AUGAGUGACGACGAGAAUGUUGAGGAGAAAAAGGACGGGAACUUGAGUGACAACGAACACCCCAACGAAACUCCAGAAGAACGCAAGAAGCGCAAAGAGAAGGAGAAGAAAAAGAAGAAGAAGGAGAAAGAAAAGGAUAAGAAGAAGAAGGAAACUGAGGAUGAUGGCAAGAAGAAGAAAAAGGUAAUAUUUCAUGUCAUAUUUUCUGAAUUUAGGCAACACAACCUUAUAAGGCAGCUGACAUGGUUUUUGUUAUAAACUUGCUCAAAUAUCUCGAAUGGGCUAGAAAUUUGAGGUGAUUUAAGAGAAUUGUUUUGGCUAGUUAACGCAACAAAAGUAAUUCUAAACUUUGCGAAACUGUUUGAGCUACUGUCAUUUUACUAUGACUUACUUUCUGCUAUUCUAUAAUUAACUUUUUUUAAAUUCUUAAAGUUAAAAACAAAUAUGGAUAAAAGGUAAUGUUUUUAAUUAAAACGGACUUACAACGAAUGAUUAUCAAUGUGUUUAAGCUAUAUUUGAUCUAAAGAUAUGUUUAUAGGGAGGAGCAAGUUCUCUCCUCAAGGAGAUGCUCAAAUUGAGACAAGAGGAAGAAGAACGACAACGACAAGCCGAAGAAGAAGCUAAACGUCUUGCUGAAGAAGAGGAAAAGCUUCGUAAAGAAGCGGUAUGUUUAAUUAUGUUAUAUUUGUAUUCAAAAUUUAGGAAGCAGCCGAGAAACUAAAGAAAGAAGAACAACGGAAGCAGAAGGAAGAAUUGAUUGCUCUUCAGAAGAAGGAGGGAACGUUCUUGACAAAAAAGCAACGUCAACAACAAGCCCAGGCCCAAGCUAGAUUGCUGCAGAACAAUGGUAGGUUAAAGUUAUUGUAUAAGAUUAACAAAAGGUUUGAAAUUUGUUUUAUAAGGUUAAAACGAUGUAGAAGUUUAUGGAUUUGAUGCAAAUUAUUUAAUUUUAAAUGAUUUUGGUAUUAUAACUAAUAUUUUACAUUUGCAAGAAUUAAAAUUGCGUUUUGACUUUUUCAGAUAUUGUUCUACCUCCAGGACUGCGUGGUGAAACACCAGACGAAGGAAAACCUAAAAAGCCUCCAGUUUAUGGCCAAAGAAAACGCAAACCAAAACCGGCCGAAGAAGCGAAAAAGGUGGAGGAACCCAGUCCCACACCAGAACCAGAACCGAAGCCUGAACCAACACCCGAGCCGGAAAAGCCCGAGUCUCCAGAAGUCGAGGAUGAGGAUGUUGUGGAUGAUUGGGAACAGAUAGAAGUGGAAGUGAAGCCAAAAGAACUCAAGGCUGAAAAGGCGGAUAAGCCUAAAGCAUCGGCUAGUAAACAAAAGGAGAAGGCCGAGAGCAGUUCUGAAGAAGAAUCAGAUUCAGAAUCUGACGAAGAUUCCAGCGAAGGAGAGAGUGAGGAAGAAGAGGAGGAUUCCAAAGAAAACAAGGCUAAAGUUAGGGAAAGGCUGGAGAAGAGGGCGCAAGAGAAUGAGGCUAAAAGGUAAAAAAGCGGUUUGACUCACUUUUUGGACGACUUAAUUAAUUAUAUUCAAAAAAAUUUAUGGCUUCUAGAAAAACAUUUUAUCGAUAUUAACGUCAAAAACUUAAUAUAUUCUAAAUAUUCAAAUUUCAGGACCACAGACAACCUCCGUUCGCCGGUAAUCUGUGUGUUAGGUCACGUCGAUACGGGUAAAACCAAAAUGUUGGACACGAUCCGUCGUACCAAUGUUCAGGACGGCGAAGCUGGUGGUAUUACACAACAAAUCGGAGCUACAAGAGUACCAACCGAAGCCAUCAAGGAGCGAUGCAAGAUGGUCAGAGACUUUAAACCCGACGAGAUUAAGAUUCCUGGCUUUUUGAUCAUCGACACACCUGGUCACGAAAGUUUCGCGUAAGUUUUUGGGUUUGAUAUGGAAAACAAUUUGUUUACAAGGAAAAUUGAGAGAUUUUGGGAGAAAGAAGGGGAAAUGGCAAUAACUUUUUUUACAAAAUGAAAAAUGACAAUAACUUUCUUUACAAAGCUCUAAAUGGCAAGAACUUUGUUUACAAAUUAUAAAACGGCAAGAACUUUCUUUACAAAGCUCUAAAUGGCAAUUACUACUUAAAAUAGCAAGAACUUUGUUUACAAAACAUAAAAUGGCAAAAACUUUCUUUACAAGACAUAAAAUAGCAAGAACUUUCUUUAAAAAACAUAAAAUUUCAAAAAAAAAAUUCUAAAUCGAAAAGAUAACUUAAAAAAUAUUUUCAGAAACCUCCGAACUCGUGGCUCAUCCUUAUGUGACUUUGCUAUUCUCGUAGUCGAUGUUAUGCACGGUCUCGAACCUCAAACCAUUGAAUCCCUAAAGUUGUUGUUGAAGCGAAAAACGCCGUUUGUAAUCGCAUUGAACAAGGUGGAUCGUUUGUACGGAUACGAAAGUAAUCCAAGGAAGGAUAUCUGGCAACAUUUGAAGUCUCAAGCUCAAAACGUUCAGCUAGAGUUCAAGGAACGCUUUGAAAAGAUUGUCGUGGAGUUUGCUGAACAGGGUAAGGGAAUAGUGGCAGAAGGCUUGAAAAAUGAGAUUUUAAAGAAAAAAAAUUUUAUGAAAUUUUAUAGUGCAAGUGUCUGUUGCCACUUUAUUUUAGACUUGUAAAGGCCCUGUCGGUUUUACCUAUGCCAUUUCUAAUCAUUAUUUUCAGGUGUAAACGUAGCCCUAGCCAAAGACAACAAAAACCCUGAUGAAUACGUCUCCAUCGUCCCAACUUCGGCCUUCUUGGGCGACGGUAUAGGCAAUAUCAUGGCUUUCAUCGUGAACCAAAGUCAAGGAUUCCUAGCCAAACGACUAGCCUUCUCCGAGGAACUCGACUGCACGGUAAUGGAAGUACGAUCUCUACCCGGUCUCGGCAUGACAAUCGAUGUCAUUCUUGUUAACGGUACUCUAAAGAUCAAUGAUAUCAUAAUAUUGUCUGGUGUGGAUGGACCUAUCGGUACGACUGUGAGAGACUUAUUGAUGCCAGCACCGCUACGAGAAAUUCGGGUAAAGACGGAUUACGAACAUUACAAAGAGAUCAAGGGAGCACAAGGAGUCAAGAUUCUGGCCAAGAAUUUGGAGAAAGCUCUGCCUGGUUUGCCAAUAUAUGUUGCACAGAGACCUGAUGAGGUUGAUGUUUAUAUGUAAGUUGAGGUUUAGUCAGAGGAACAUGGUUUUUGAGUGAGUUAUGGCUGGAAGGAGUUUUCUUAAAGAGAAAUGACUGUUUUUAGCCAUAACUUUUCAAUAAGCGUUAGGUUUUAACUGAACAAUAACAAAAUAUUGACCUAAAUUAACUAUUUUUUGGAAAAAAAGUAUCAUUAUGAUCCUAAAGCAGGUAAAUUUUUUGGUAAUUUUAUGUUGUUUUACCUUAACUUUACGUUUAUUGGUCCAACCCUUUAAACAAGAGCAAUUUUUUUAGGGAAGACGCCAAGAAUCAACUAGAAAACGCCCUUAUGGCCAUCAAAAAGAAACCAGAAGGUGUAUAUGUUCAAGCCUCAACUCUAGGAUCCCUGGAAGCUUUGCUCGACUUCCUAAAACAUCAGAAAAUCCCCUAUUCCGGAGUCAACAUUGGCCCAGUCCAUCGAAAAGACGUCCAAAAGGCAUCGACUAUGCAUCAACACAACGAAGACUACGCUGUCAUCUUGGCCUUUGACGUCCCGGUGGAUCGAGAAGCCCAAGCGUUGGCUGAUAAGGAACGAGUCCGCAUCUUCCAAGCCGAUAUUAUCUAUCAUUUGGAGGAUGCCUUCUUGAAUCACCGCGAACAACUGAGACUACAGAGGAAAAAGGCCAACGAACACUUGGCUAUCUUCCCCUGUAUCUUGAGAAUCAUGCCACAACAUAUAUUCAAUGCCAGAAACCCAAUUGUGUUGGGUGUGGUGGUAGAAGCCGGCAAGUUGAAGAAGGGAACUCCGAUUUGUGCCAAAACUGCGGAUGAGGUGAGUUUCUUAUUGGUUUAUAAGGUGUUUGGAUUGGUUUAAGAUAGUGAAUAUGGUAGUUAGGUUUGGGAAAGUUUGUGUUUUGUUAAUAUUUUACUUUUGUUGGUUUAAAAAGUGAUUGUAAAUGAAGAAAGAGAUUUAAAACUUAUAUUAACAUAGGAUUUUUUCAGUUUUUUAAAAAGAUUUAUAUUUUUUUAGCUUGGUUAACCUUGAUAAAAAGGUUCAUAAUGACUAAAGUUUUUAGUUUCAUACAGUAAUGUAAUUGGAAAAAUAAUAGGCAUAACUGUGUUUAUUUUAUCAAAUUAUGAUCAUUUCAAUUUACUUUUGGAUUACCUAAAAAUUUUUUUAAAUGACCCAAAGCUAUCACAAUUUGUAAGAUUUUUUAGCUAUACAACUUACUUAAUGCUACUGUUUUCAGAUUGUCUUGUUGGGCACGGUAACUUCGAUCGAACAGAACCAUGAACAGGUUGAUGUUGCCCACACUGGCGACGAAUUGGCCAUUAAAAUUGAAAACACGACCGGAGAUGCGCCGAAACUUUAUGGUCGUCACUUCACUCACACGGAUCCACUUGUCAGCAGAGUAAGUGAUAUUUUAAUAUAAAGUGUCAUAUUGGAUGAAUACCGAAUAUUGAGAACAAAUUUAAAAAAAAUUUCUUUAGAAUGUUAUAAAUGUAUUUGAUGUUUACAAUCUUUUACAAGCCUCAUUUUCAGAUUCAUCGCCAAAGCAUCGACGUGUGCAAGACCCACUUCCGCGACGAAAUGAGCAACGCCGACUGGACGCUGAUCGUUCGCCUGAAGAAGAUGCUGAACGUUCUGUAA